GGCGGCGCGGGGCGGGGACGCGCACAGACUCUUGAGCUCCGGUCUCCGCAGCUGCCGAGCCCAAUAAUUUCCCUGCUGAGUCCAUUUGGAGCUGGGUUUGCUGCAAUGCUUAGCUGACCACAUGACAUGAAGAGAAAAAUGGAGACCAGGAACUAUUUUUCCUGAAGAGGAGCCAGAACCAAAUGCAAACUGGCCAUGUUUCACAGGUAGUACCUCAUCCUAAAAUAUGCCUCCCACUGUGUCGGACUCCAUGGACAUCUGGGCGGACGAUACACAUCUUUCUCCAAAAGUGUCUGUGGAUAUCUUACUCCCCACUGGAAUCUAUGUGCAGAUGAAGGUGCCACGGGAUGCUUCUAUAUCGCAGAUUAAACAGCUUGUGUGGAAGGAUGCACAAAGUUACCCCCUCUUCCAUCUGCUCCUGGAAAUUGACUCAUAUAUGUUCAAAUGUGUCAACCAGACAGCUGUCCACGAAGAACUGGAAGAUGAGAGCCGGCGGCUCUGUGAUGUACGACCAUUCCUGCCUGUCCUAAAACUGGUGACCAGGAGCUGUAAUCCUGCCGACAAGCUAGAUUCCAAGAUAGGAGUCUUGAUAGGAAAAGGUCUCCAUGAAUUUGAUGCCCUUCAGGACAAUGAAGUCAAGGAGUUUCGGAGUAAGAUGAGAAAGAUCAGUGAAGACAAGAUCCAUUCCAUGCUUAGUUUGACCUGGGUGGAAUGGCUUAAAUGCACUUUUCCUCCUGAACUCGAGCCUUCCAUUCAGGAUAACAUUCAGGACAAGUUGUCUGGGAGAAACCUGGUGGUGGCCAUCCACUUUGAAAACUGUCAGGAUGUCUUCAGCUUCCAGGUAUCACCAAACCUAACCCCUGUUAAAUUGAUUGAACUAGCUAUUCGCAAGCGGUUAACCAUCCAUGGCCGUGAAGAUGAUGAUGUGGAUCCAGAAGAUUAUGUGCUCCAGGUCAUAGGAAGGUUGGAAUAUGUAUUUGGGGACCAUCCUUUAAUACAGUUCCAGUAUAUCACAAACUGUGUAGUGAACAGGACACUCCCACGACUUAUGCUUGUCGAGUGCUGCAAUAUUAAGAAAAUGUUUGACCAAGAAAUGAGUGCCAUUGAACUAGCAGUGAAGAGGAAAACAUCAGUGCCACCUUUGCCAUUGCCUCCCAAAACACGUGGUGCCUCUAUGGCGCCUAAGAAUGUGUGGAAUUUAUAUGAAUCAUACAAGAUUACUUUGAUAAAAGGGAGCAAGCUUAACACUGAAGAUACAGUUGUGGUACGGGCAGGCUUAUUUCAUGGCACUGAAUUACUGUGUAUACCCAUCAUGAGCUCUGAAGUGCCAGGGAAGAAUGACCAUCUGUGGAAUGAGACACUUGAAUUUGAAAUUAAUGUAUGUGACCUGCCCCGCAUGGCUCGUCUCUGCUUGGCUGUCUAUACCGUACUGGACAAGAACAAGACAAAGAAAAGCAACAAAGCUUCUAACCCCAAAUACCAGACCAUUAAAAAGUCUGGGAAAAUGCACUCUCCUGUGGCCUGGGUGAACACCAUGGUGUUUGACUAUAAGGGACAUCUGAAGACAGGUGAACAUGUGCUGCACGGCUGGUCAUCAUUUCCCGAUGAACUUGAAGAAAUGCUGAACCCAAUGGGAACUGUCCGAACUAAUCCUUUCACUGAGAACGCCACAGCACUGCAUAUUAAAUUCACUGAGUAUUCUAAAGUAGGCAUUUAUUACCCUCCGUUUGACAAGAUACUUGAAAAAGCUGCAGAGAUUGCGCGGCAGAGUGACUCCAUAAGUAUGUCGGGGCGUGGAGGAAAGAAAUUUAAUAUAGAGCUGAAGGAGAUCAUGGAGAGGGACCCGCUGUGCCAGUUGUGUGAGAAUGAGAAGGAUCUGAUUUGGACUUUGCGGUAUGACUGUCGGGAGAACUUUCCUUGCUCGCUUCCUAAAUUAUUACUGUCUGUCAAAUGGAACAAGAUGGAAGAUGUUGCCCAGCUUCAGGCAUUGCUGCAAAUUUGGUCUAAACUUCCCCCCAGGGAUGCUCUAGAGCUGCUUGACUUCAACUAUCCUGACCAGUAUGUAAGGGAAUAUGCUGUAAACUGUCUGAAGUCCAUGAGUGAUGAAGAGUUAUCCCAGUACUUGCUACAACUGGUCCAAGUUCUUAAGUAUGAACCAUUUCUGGAUUGCGCACUCUCACGUUUCCUGCUUGAGCGGGCCCUGGCGAAUCGCAGAAUUGGACAGUUCCUCUUCUGGCAUCUCAGGGCUGAGAUGCACAUCCCUGCGGUGUCUGUGCAGUUUGGGUUGCUGUUGGAAGCUUAUUGUCGAGGCAGUGUGGCUCACAUGAAGGUGCUGUCCAAACAGGUGGAGGCUCUAAACAAGAUGCGUACAUUAAAUGGCCUGAUCAAACUGAAUGCAAUAAAGCAAAGCAGGGUGAAGAACAAGGAAACCAUGCUGGCCUGUCUGAAGCAAAAUGCCUACAGGGAAGCCCUCAGUAAUAUCCAGUCACCCCUCAAUCCCAGCGUCACCCUCUCUGAACUUGUGAUAGACAAGUGCAAGUACAUGGACUCCAAGAUGAAACCUCUCUGGAUUGUAUACAACAAUAAAGGCUUUGGAGGAGACUAUACAGGGAUCAUCUUCAAAAAUGGAGAUGAUCUGCGUCAGGAUAUGCUGACUCUUCAAUUACUCCGUCUGAUGGACAUGCUGUGGAAAGAGUCUGGGCUGGAUCUCCGGAUAAUACCGUAUGGAUGCCUGGCAACAGGAGAUCGAUGCGGCAUGAUAGAAGUGGUGUCUGCAGCAGAGACCAUUGCAGAUAUCCAGCUUGACUGCAGCAACUUGGCGGCAGCAGCUGCCUUCAACAAAGAUGCUCUGCUAAAUUGGAUCAAGGAGUACAAUGCAGGAGAUGACCUCGAGCAAGCUAUUGAGGAGUUCACCCUAUCCUGCGCUGGCUACUGUGUAGCUACUUAUGUGCUUGGGAUUGGGGACAGACACAAUGAUAACAUCAUGGUCAAAAAAACAGGACAGCUUUUCCACAUUGACUUUGGUCACAUUUUGGGAAACUUUAAGUCCAAGUUUAAAAUAAAGAGGGAACGAGGACCCUUUAUUCUCACAUAUGACUUCAUCCACGUCAUUCAACAAGGGAGGACAGAAAACACAGAAAAAUUUGGCAGGUUUCGGCAGUGCUGUGAGGAUGCCUACUUGAUCCUACGUAGGAAUGGAAACCUCAUCAUCACGCUGUUUGCACUCAUGUUGACAGCAGGACUCCCAGAACUUAGCUCUGUAAAAGAUAUCCAGUAUGUCAAGGACUCCUUGGCUUUGGGAAAGACAGAGGAGGAAGCACUUAAGCAUUUCCGACAAAAGUUUGAUGAGGCUCUAAAGGAAAGUUGGUCAACCAAAGUCAACUGGAUGGCGCACACUGUGCGUAAAGAUUACAAAUCCUAGCAGCACAUCGAUGGCCUGUUCUUUGUCUGUAAUGGCCUGGUCCAGAUUUGUAUCCUGGUCCCGAAAAGAUGCAAUUGUUCUAUGGAAUAGAUGGCCAGGAGCUAUCACGGUGCAAUGGUGCCGUAAUGCGUAACACUGGUUGUUGUAGUUCACCCUGACUGAGGGAAACUGCAAAAGAACAGCUGGUCAGAAAGGACUGAAUGUGAUACCCUAUGUGCCCAGUACAUUAAUGUCAAUAAUUGUACAGUAGAGGAUGGUGCGGACACUUCUGAUGGACAUAAAAGGGAUAUGACAGCGAUUGCUUGGUUAACAAGAGUUGAGGCAUAGAAACUCCUUGCAUCUUCGCAAGGCUAUGGUUUUGCACACUUUCAGUUUUAAUAUCCUACUUGAGCCCUAUGUUUCAUAAUCUAUUUUUUUAUUCAAAUAUUUUUUUUUUUAUAUGACUGUGCUUCCUACGUGGCUCAGCCCUUAGAGAUGGUCUCAAAUGAUUUGUAUUUCACGUCUUCCUGAGCUCUGCACUGCCAUACCUUUAUUCAAUGGGGAAACCAUAUGGAAUUAUAGUGUCAGGUGCUUACACCAAUGGGUGACCACGAACGUUAUCCAUUCAUUAUUCCAUUUCCAUAGUGGUCUAUACCAAUUUGUUGGGUGUAUUUCCUGGUAUUUUUGGCAUUUCUGCCUAUUCUUUUAGCUGAAUAUCACUACAUAUUGGUAUAGUCUGGUUGCUGUUCUGCCUUAAAUUUAAAUCUAUACCCCUUGCUUGUAUCAUUGGAGACAGCACUGUGGCUAUAGAUCUUUCCAUUAGGGAGCCAGUGUCAGUUCUUUCAUGCAGGCUUUACCUGACCUGGUGAACCAGUGUUAACUAGGAAAACACCUGCUUUGUCAAAGCAUUGACUAGCCAUGAUGGUACGGAAGGGGUAUAGUCCAUCGGUAAUGCUAACAUUUUACUAUUGUUGUAUUCUAUUGCUGCCAUAAACCUUCAGGUGCUGCGGUGUCACACCCUGGAGAAAAUGGUGGACUGCCUCAUCACUCUUACCAAUAGACACAGUCCCAAACUUACUGAAUAUAUAUAUAUAUCCUAAGUUGCUUGGGUUCCUUCCUCUGCAAAGAUGGGAGACAGAGAAGUUCAAGUGAUACUUGAUAUGAAUAUGCAAUGUAAAAGACAUCAUAUCUGCUGCCAGUUGUUAAACAUGUCUGUUUAAUGUGCAAUGUGACUACCAGUUACAUUUUUAUAAGGCAGAAUAUAAUGGAAAAGAGAGAUUUAUUUAUUCCAACUUUUUUUUUUUUUUUUUAAGACAAAGACUAUUUUAUUAUGAUUUGACGGUUGUCACAUGACUCCUCUAUUUAUUUAACGCUCGGAGGUUGCAGCUUUGCUGCGAUUUUCUAAGUGAUAGAAUGUUGUAUUUUGUACAGAAUUCGUUCCCGGCAGCAGCCGCAUUCAUACCGUGCAUAUGGCACUGGAGGCUCCAUGGCUGCUGCCUGCUUCUGUUGCACAUGUCUUACACUGGAACAACAAGUCUUUGUACAUAGGAUGGAAUAUUCCACUGUUUUAAUGAGAAUGUAUCCGCGUUGAUUUUACACUGUAUGCAGGACACAAAUCUGAUUCAGACACUGAAUAAAACGUGAUGUUCUGUA